AUGGGUUCCGACAUUGACAAACCGUCCUAUAACCCUUCCGCUACCUACGUCAACAACCAUAUCUCCCAGGACAUUGACGUUGACAGCGUUUACAGCUAUGCCGAACAGAGGAAAAUCAUCCAUCGUAUCGACCGGCGGCUCGUGUCUAUGUGCGGCCUGGGCUAUUGUGUUAGCUUGAUGGACCGAACGAACUUGUCAGUGGCUGCAAUCGCUGGCAUGAUCCAGGAGUUAAGAUUGGAUAUUGGCUAUCGAUAUUCGCUUGUCGCUCUGGUCUUCUUCAUCACAUAUAUUAUCUGUCAACCUCCUAUGACAGCAGUCAUCCGCAAAGUUGGGCCAAGGAUUUUCCUUGGCGUCAUCGUGAUAACAUGGGGAAUCUGUUUGAUCGGAUUUGGCCUAAGUAGGAAUUGGCAUCAACUUACUAUUCUCAGAGCUCUGUUGGGACUCUUGGAGGCUGGAUUUUUCCCAGGAACAGUGUACCUUUUAUCAACAUGGUAUUCUAGAUAUGAGGUUCAAAAGCGCUAUUCCAUCUUCUACCUGAUCGGUUGUGUGGCCAGCGCACUCUCUGGCAUCCUCGCGUUCGGCUUCAGCCAAAUGGCUGGCUUACGCGGUUACAGAGGCUGGAGGUGGAUUUUUAUUAUGCAAGGCGUGCUAACCAUCACCAUUGGCAUCAUCAUCUACAUAUACCUAGUAGACUUUCCCGACAAGGCUCACAAAGCCUGGCGAUUCCUCACCAAAGAAGAAUGUGCCUUCGUCAUACGACGAUUGAACAAGGAUCGAGGCGAUGCCGAUGCCGAACCAUUUAGCAUGAAGAAAUUCCUCCGCCCCGCUCUAGACUUGAAGAUCUGGGCCUUUGGAAUGAUAUUUUUCUGCUUGACCACCGUAACUUACUCGAUCGCCUAUUUCCUCCCCAUCAUCCUCCACAACAAUUUGGGCUUUAGCAUCGGUGCCUCACAAUGCCUCGUCGCGCCACCGUUUGUCCUGGCGGGAAUCCUCAUGUUUGUCACCUCCUACCUAGGUGAUAAGUACCAGACACGCGCGCCUGUUCUCGUCUUCAACAGCCUUAUCUCUAUAAUUGGCCUGCCGAUCAUGGGCUUUGGGAGGAUCAGUGCUGUUCGGUACUUCGGGGUGUUCCUGGCGACUGCGGGCGUGAAUGCUAACAUUCCAUGCACCCUUGCUUACCAAGCCAACAAUAUCCGCGGUCAGUGGACAAGAGCAUUGGCUAGUACCACGCUCGUAGCAAUGGGAGGCAUCGGGGGCGUUGCAGGAAGUCUGGUUUUCAGGUCGCAGGAUGCGCCGGCAUACAUCCCAGGGAUUUACGCUUCCAUCACUUGCCAGGUCCUCCUCCUGAUCAUCGUUGGCAUGUUAAGCCUUUAUUUCUGGCGGUGCAACAGAAAGGCGGACCGCGGGGAGCUUGUCAUCGAGGGAUCUCCUUCUUUCCGUUAUACAAUAUAG